CCACUCUUCCACUCUGUAAACGCUCCUCAUUUUCUCUCUCCCUUGUUCGCCAUUUCUCCCUCUCUUCUUCUUCCGAACCUCUCCUCUCCCACAACCGAAGAUGCGUGAGAUCCUUCACAUUCAGGGUGGCCAGUGCGGCAACCAGAUCGGGGCUAAGUUCUGGGAAGUGGUGUGCGCCGAGCACGGCAUCGACGACACCGGGCGCUACCAUGGCGAUUCAGAUCUGCAGCUGGAGCGGGUCAAUGUGUAUUACAAUGAGGCUAGCUGCGGCCGUUUCGUCCCUCGCGCUGUGCUCAUGGAUCUCGAGCCUGGGACCAUGGACAGUAUCAGAUCUGGCCCGUAUGGACAGAUUUUCCGCCCCGAUAACUUCGUUUUCGGGCAGUCCGGAGCCGGUAACAACUGGGCUAAGGGACACUACACCGAAGGAGCUGAGUUGAUUGAUUCAGUCCUCGAUGUUGUUCGCAAAGAAGCGGAGAACUGUGAUUGCCUACAAGGGUUCCAAGUUUGUCAUUCCUUAGGAGGAGGUACUGGAUCUGGAAUGGGAACCCUUUUGAUCUCAAAGAUCAGGGAAGAGUACCCGGAUAGGAUGAUGUUGACUUUCUCUGUCUUCCCAUCCCCAAAGGUUUCGGACACGGUCGUGGAACCUUACAAUGCCACAUUGUCGGUCCACCAGCUCGUGGAGAAUGCAGAUGAGUGCAUGGUUCUCGACAACGAGGCCUUGUAUGACAUCUGCUUCAGAACCCUCAAGCUUACAACUCCAAGCUUUGGUGAUUUGAAUCACUUGAUAUCUGCAACAAUGUCUGGUGUUACUUGCUGUCUUCGGUUCCCUGGACAGCUCAACUCUGAUCUUAGGAAGCUAGCUGUGAAUCUCAUUCCAUUCCCUCGUCUUCAUUUCUUCAUGGUUGGGUUUGCGCCUCUCACCUCACGAGGGUCUCAGCAAUACCGUGCCUUGACGGUGCCUGAGCUAACUCAGCAAAUGUGGGAUGCAAAGAACAUGAUGUGUGCAGCUGAUCCCCGACACGGGCGUUACUUGACAGCAUCAGCCAUGUUCCGUGGCAAGAUGAGCACCAAGGAGGUAGACGAGCAGAUGCUGAAUGUGCAGAACAAGAACUCCUCCUACUUCGUUGAGUGGAUUCCAAACAAUGUCAAGUCCACAGUGUGUGACAUUCCGCCCACCGGCCUGAAGAUGGCGGCGACAUUCAUUGGAAACUCAACAUCAAUCCAGGAAAUGUUCCGUCGUGUGAGUGAACAGUUCACUGCUAUGUUCAGGAGAAAGGCUUUCUUGCAUUGGUACACCGGGGAGGGAAUGGACGAGAUGGAGUUCACUGAGGCUGAAAGCAACAUGAAUGAUCUGGUCUCUGAGUACCAGCAAUACCAGGAUGCAACUGCUGAUGAAGAGGGAGAGUAUGAGGAUGAAGAGUGUGAUUAUGCUGAGUGAUAAUUUUGGGUGUUGUUAACUGGAAAGGUGUAUUGUUGUUUGUUGCAAUAUUUCUUGUUAUUGCCGGUUAUAUCCCAUGCCCGGAUUAUGAACAUGUGGUGAAGUAGAAAACAAUUACUUGUAUUUUGUUUCAGUUAAUGAAUCUCUGUUCCUUUUUUUUGAGAAUAUGAA